UAGUGUUAAACAGGAGAAAAAUGGAGCAGUAUUUAUAAUAAUAUCCCAAUUGUAUAAAAUGUCUAUACUGGAUAUGUUUCUGUAUGCACAGGAAACCUCUAGAGCCAUGCUGUCCAAACAGUAGCCACUAGCCACACGUAGCUCUUUAAAUUUAAAAUGAUUAAAAUUAAAUAAAUGAAAACUCGGUCUCUCAGUUGCUUCAUGAAUUUAAUCAUAAAAAUACUGUAAGGUAUGUGAAGUAGUUUAGCUUUGAGCCAUUGUGUUAACAUUGUCAUAUUUUCUUUCAAUCUUUUCAACUUAGGGAAAACAAAGAAGAAAAGUUAAUCGAAAAAUUGGAGGUGGUCACAGUGCCUUCCCCGUCACCAAAAGGACUGCCAGUGAAGCAAUAUGCUGUUCAGUCUCAGCUGCCUGUGUAUGAGUGGCCAGAUGUGGGAUCUGGAGAAUAUGAUGUUGGAGUAGUGGCUUCAUUUGGCCGACUUUUGAGUGAGGCUCUGAUUCUUAAAUUUCCCUAUGGCAUAUUGAAUGUCCAUCCCAGUUGCCUCCCGAGGUGGCGUGGUCCAGCCCCUAUAAUCCAUACUGUGCUUCACGGAGACACAGUUACUGGAGUAACGAUUAUGCAAAUCAGACCUAAAAGAUUUGAUGUAGGUCCAAUUCUCAAACAGGAGACCAUUCCUGUGCCCCCCAAGAGCACCGCAAAGGAAUUGGAAGCAGUGCUGUCAAGACUGGGUGCUUCCAUGCUUAUUUCGGUUUUGAAAAAUUUGCCUGAAAGUUUGGACAAUGGAAGGCAGCAGCCAACUGAGGGAGUGACACAUGCCCCUAAGAUUUCUGCUGCUACCAGCUGUAUAAAAUGGGAGGAACAAACUUCAGAGGAAAUAUUCAGACUUUAUCGUGCCGUUGGAAAUAUAAUUCCAUUGCAGACGCUCUGGAUGGAUAAUACCAUUAAACUUCUGGAUUUGGUAGAAGUUAAUAGUUCAGUCCUCGCUGAUCCAAAAUUAACAGGACAGGCUGUUAUUCCAGGAUCCAUAAUGUACCACAAACAGUCACAGAUACUUCUGGUUUGUUGCAAGGAUGGCUGGAUUGGUGUUCGAUCAGUAAUGCUCAAGAAAACACUAACUGCUACUGAUUUCUACAAUGGAUAUCUGCACCCCUGGCACCAGACAAAUUCCCAAGCUCAUCCAAGCCAAUGCAGAUUUCAGACUCUCAGACUUCCACCAAAGAAGCAGCGGAAAAAAAUUGUUGCUAUGCAACAGUGCAUUAAGUAGUUAGGAAGAAGAUGGACCAGACCUAUUACAUAUUUGUAAUUUAUUAAAAGCCUUAUUUACAAGGAAUUCUUUUGACUUUCAAAAAAUAUGACACUGUUGGAGAAAAGAUUAUUAUCAAAAAGAUUAAUUACCUCAUUUUCACUUUUUUUAACAGUAGUUAGAAACAACUUUUCUACUUGAAUAACAAGCUUUAAAUAAAAUUUUUAUUUAUGUCAAAGUCAA